GUGACUUUUGCUUUGACAGCAACCCUCCAAAAUAAAUUUUGUGUUGCAAAAAUUAAAAUGUGCUAACCAUCUGGCUAGAAUAAAAGAAACGACGGAGCAUUUUGAUAAAGUCAAAAACUAGGCCAUGCAUGGGCUCUGAAACGAAAUGCUACGCAGUGUUUUCAGUCUCAUACAAAAUAUUAUCGACUCGGACCGAGAAUAUAACAACAAAAAAUCUAACACAGUUAUCUACUUAGUGGAUAAUCGCGACAGCACUCUCAACAUGGAUCUCGAAAUUGAUGGGAAGGCUAGGGAGAAGAUUAAAUCAGUGAAGGAAAAACCUGCGGAGUCUCGCAGCUUUCAAAUCACUACAGAACAAGGUGACACAAUAACAUGUAAACAUAAAACCGACGUAAAGAUAGCACCGAAAGUGAGCAAAGAUGAAGAGAACAUGAGUGAUGAAUUCAAACAAGUGGUCGGAAAGAUUGGCGAGAGUACCAGUUUUACCAAUGAGGAACAAAUUCCAGAAGAAAAGAUAGGAGAAGAAGGAGAUAAUAGAAUGACCGUUAAGGACUUGCUGUCUAGUUUACCGGAGAAACAUGCCAAAAUGAUGGAGAAAGAUCGCGACCAUAUUGUCGCCUUGAUGGAUCAAAUUCAAAAAAUGAAAGAGGGAAUGGAAAGGUUGCAAGAAAUCGCCCAACAGUUCAAUUGCUCCGAGAAAUUUAGACAAGAUGUUGAGUACUUAGUGAAAAACGUCGCAUCCUCCUUGAAAGAUAAGGAACCUCAGGAUAAAAAUUUGGCCCCCAAAAAAGUGUGAUAUUAGGGACCAGUUCUCGAGCUUGAGAACCGAACAAAAUGUGAUAAAAUACAUAAAAAAUGUGUAGUGAAUUUUGUAUAAUUAGAACAAAAUUAGAAAUGUUGUGCUUUAUAUGUGAUUAUUAUAGUGUGGCUUUUACUUACUUCGUCAAAAGUAAUGUUAAUACAAUCCUUAAAUACUUGCUCCACAUACAGUUUUACUUGAAGCAGCAUCGAAGGCAAAUCAUGAAUACCACAUAUCGGCAAGGUAAAUUCGUAUAUUUCCCUAUAAAAUGGCCUUUGAACGAACUUUAAAAUUAUUUCGAGGAAAUUUGCUAAUAUGA